UAGGAAAAUGUUGGACGGGCUGAAAAUCGAAGAUGCAGGCCUGCAGAAGUCUUUUCGGAGCUCGGGCCCUCUCAAUUCUUUGCUUGGUGCUGGCCUGGCUCAGAAGACCAUGUGCGAGGGCUGUAACAGGGUCAUAGCAGACAGGUUUCUGCUCCGAGUCAACGACAGCUUCUGGCAUGAAAACUGUGUUGCGUGUGUCAUAUGCAUGGAGCCUUUGGAAACUACAUGCUUUUACCGAGAGAAGAAACUAUAUUGCAAACAUGAUUAUGAAAAGUUAUUUGCAGUGAAAUGCAGUGGUUGUUUUGAGGUGAUUACACCAACCGAAUUUGUGAUGCGAGCGCAGAAAAGUGUGUACCAUUUGCACUGCUUCUCUUGCUGUGUGUGUGAAAGGCAGCUACAGAAAGGUGAUGAAUUUGUACUGAAAGAGGGACAGCUUCUUUGUAAAACUGACUAUGAGAAGGAACGGGAACUACUGAGUCUUGUUAGUCCCACCGCGUCUGAUUCAGGAAAGAGUGAUGAUGAAGAUGAUGAAGACAGCAAUGAAAAAUUGAGAAGUGGUGCAGGAAAAGGAGAUGAAAGCAAGGACCCCAAACGGCCAAAGCGUCCAAGAACUAUUCUCACCACACAACAGAGACGGGCAUUUAAGGCUUCUUUUGAAGUGUCUUCUAAGCCAUGCAGGAAGGUUCGAGAGACCUUGGCAGCUGAGACUGGACUGAGUGUUCGAGUUGUGCAAGUCUGGUUUCAAAACCAAAGAGCCAAGAUGAAAAAGCUUGCCAGACGACAACAGCAACAGCAACAGGAUCAGCAAAACACACAACGACUAAGUUCAGUACAGACAAACGGAGGAUCGCCCACUGGCAUGGAAGUGAUCAUGAAUUCAUACACCACACUACCACAACAGCAGCAGCUUCUUGCCAUUGACCAGGCUGCAUAUACUACAGAUGCAUUUCGUCAGGGACUGACACCUCCACAGAUGCCAGGGGAUCACAUGCACCCUUAUGGUAACGAAACUCUGUUCCAUGAUGUGGAUGGUGACAACUCUCUAAGUGUUCUAGGGGACUGCCUUCUCUCUUCAUCAGAUAUUGUUUCAGUACAAUCAAGAGUUGGGAACCCAAUUGACCGACUUUAUUCCAUGCAGAGUUCCUAUUUCACUUCUUGAAGUUCUCAGCAGCUAAUUUUCAGGGGGAAAUGACUGAAAGCUUCUCAGACACAGCUAUCUCCUGCUUCCCUACCAGACUAGUUUGUGAGGCGAGCAAAAGGAGAAAAAAGGGCAACGUUUAAAAUGUGUACAUCUGUAGAAUGUAGCUAAUGAGUGUUAAAGGAUACAGAGUUUGUUGUAGCACUGUAGAGUUUAAAAAUAGUGUUCCUGGUUAGCUUAAAUGUUUUCAUCUUGUCCUCACAGCAGAUAUAAGUAAAAAAAAAAAAACUUCUGCUGGCUAGGACAAUUGUUGUCAGCUCCUUGUACUCAAAAGCAUUCAUUUCAAACAGAGUUGUAAUGCAUAUUUUAUUUUUACUGUGCUCUUCGUAGUCAUACAGUUAAUAUUUUAUAUUUUUUGGCAUUGAGUUUUAUGCAAGCCAUUGAACAUUUUGAAAGGUUACAGUAGCCAUUUCUAAUGCACAUUUAUAUAGAAGCAAAGCAAACUGAGACCUCUUGCUCUGUGUGUCAGCACCCCAGUCAAGCAUUAGAACUUUCCAAUAUGCAUCCCUGGAGUGGUCUAUGGCACUUAUUAAACUGAUCAUUGUAUAGUAAUAAGGACUUUUGCAAAACAUUACCUGGUUUUCUUUCAUGGCUGAAGAUCAAUCAGACUUCUUAAAUAUGCUUUUCAUUGUUAAAACUAAAUUUGUUAUAACUUCCUGUAUCAUUGUAUUGCGUGGUUUGCCAUACUGCAUUGUUUAUAUAAUUUUUUCAGAUCUGUUCAUCUAACAUUUAUUUUUCUGCUGGGCAGUGCUGGUAGACCUAACUUGUAGAGAUAUUUAUUUAAAAACAUUGUUUACUAGAAGGCCUUGAUAAAAUACAUUUUUCAAUCACAGGAAAACUUCUCUCAGACCACUUCGGCCCGGUAUUGUAAUUACCUAUAACUAUAUAGCAACUGUAACCUUAUUUUUCACUAUAUAAUAUUUAAUGAAGCACUUUGGUGCACUUAAGUUAUAAGAUUAAGUAAUUUACUUACUUUUGUAAAUGAAAGUUUUAUAAAGGUAUCUUGGUAACAUGAAACCCUCAAAGAAGCUGUUCAGAUACUAUUUAGUAUUAUUAAGCUAUAUUUUAAAAUUAAUAGUUUAUGUUAUUUUUGCCAUUUCAUAAAUAUCAGAAUAGUAAAAGCAUAUUGUAUUCAGAAUAGAGUUUAGUAUUGAUAUUUUAUCAAAUGCUUAUUUAAUUAGUUAAUUAAUGAAUAGUUACACAAUAAUUGAAGUGUACUGCUAAAUUUGUGCAUUACACCAAUAUUAAGAUAAGAGUAGGGAUAUCUUUCCUGAAUGAGCCCAAGUAAAAUCUCUUAACAGCUAGUGAAAUUGCAGAGUGUGUAAGCAAUCUUUUAAUACGCUGUAUGUUUGAAUUUUGCAAUGAAGCAUUAAUAUUGCCUGCAACAAGUUUUAGAAAUGUCCAACAAUGGAUAAAUAAGAUAAGUAAAUAAAUGAAUAAAUAAAUACAAUUUUCUAUAACAUUCAUAAUAUUCUAAAAAGACAGCACUCUCAUUGGCUAGCAGUCCUAAGAACAACCGCUCCCCCCAAAAAAAUAUAUGAAUUUGUCCAAAAAGGCUUUGUUAAUCAUAUCAAGAAUAUAUUUCUACAAUGAUAAGGAAAAUAUAUUUUCAAUACAGACCUCAGUUUACCAAAAUUCUAGGGUUUGCAUUAUUUUUUUCAUGCACUUAAUAUAGAGAAAAAGGCAAAAACCUGGUUUUACAUUUUUUAGACAACAGAAUUUACAAAUAAAUUAUCUCUUUCUCAGUUCCACCUAUCAAUAAUAUAUUAGCUAUCUUGCCAUCUGCUGGCACAGAACAAAAGGAAGUCCAUUAGAACAGGAGCAGGGAGUUGGUGAUUUUAGAAUUUGAACUCUGUAUGCAUCCUUUCCAUUACACUCUCUUGCCAAAAAAUAAACAAGAGAAGAAAGUAUGCAAUUGCUUGUGUUGAUAUUUAUAAUGCUGCUGACUACAAUUCAAAAGAAGGUUUAUCUCAGUCAACACAUGACCAUAUCAGUAGGAUAUAACACCUGGAUAAUUGCUACUAAUUUCCAAGAAGGAAAGGAUUGCAAAGUCAAGUAUAUGUCUAAGCCUCGGUUUACAACUUUAGGCUGCUUUAGCUGGAGUACUAAGUUUCUAAAGAACAUAUGGCAGGGUGAGAGCGCGCUCAGUGAUAAAAUCUUUUUCACAUCCUAAGUCUCAAGCCCGACUUCUGGAUUCUGACUGUACGGAAGUUUCAUGCUAUUUCUCUGUUUCUGUGCGUUUUCACUUUUUUUUUUUCUCUUUCUUUGAAAGACAUUCUGGUGGAGUGUUUGCAAAAAGUUGUCUGCAGUAUUUAGCCUCGCUCUUAAGGCCCCCAUCAUGGUUGAAAAGGGUCCAUCAAUUGUCAAUUUCCUAUUAUAUUUUCAAGACUCAAAAAUGUGAGCUUUGAAACCUGAGGAAUUAAUGCAAUGAGAGGGAAAUGUAUACUAAAAGGAAACAUGCUGCAUCUGUUAGAAAUCAUCCUCCUUUAAAGUAUGGUAGAUAGGUGUUAGUAUACAUAAAUAGUGGGUACAAAUGCUUUUAAUGUGCAGCAACACAUUUUGUUCUUCACUGUUUUACUUGCAGGAUUGUGGAUAAUUUAUCAGAUUUUGGAGACUUUCUUUGAUGAGUCCCAAACUUUUGAUAAGAGUAUUGAUUAGCCCACUUGCCUAUUUAAUAACAAAGAAUAAACACAUUUUGUUGCACAUUGCAUUUUUUACAGUUUUUUUUUCUUGAGGUAUGGUGGAAUAGGGAACAUCACUUCAUCUUUAACAGUCAGUUUGUUAGGUCAUCCGUUAUUGAAUUCAUUGUAGCAGACUGCAAAAUCUUAACAAUCGCACUGAUGAGAAACAUCCUAUGGUGCUAUAAAAAGAGAUCAUGUCAGAAAUCAGGUAGCUUUCUUGAGGAUGAGUUCCAACUUAGACCUGAAAAGUACUGCCAAAAAGAAAACGAGGACAGUGUACCUUAAGAGAUACUAACAGACAAAAAAGUAGAGAUGGAGAAAACAUAACAAAGAUAGUGACUUGAAUUAUUUAGAUGCAAACUUCAUCACAAGUAAAUACUAGGCUAUCAGUUUGCAGACAGUUAUAAGCCUAGAUAGUAACUAGUGACCCAAAUCAAGCCACGUACCCUGUAUCUGUGAGGUGUAGACGUUAACCAUUACACAAAACUCCACUGAGAGCAAUCCAAUAUGCUUCUCCCUAGGAAUCAGUUUUUAGACAAAUUAAUACUAUCAACCACUUCAUUAUUUCCAAGAAAUAAGGUUAUGAAGCCAUUGCUUUUAUUAUUUGGUGUUCUCUAGUUAGAAAUUAUACAUUUAUAUAAUCAGUGUUAAAGGGCAGCAUGUCACUUGUUUAGUACUUGACUCUCCCUACAGACACUGAACGUAGUAUGGGCAUUACUGAAGUAAUUUUUCUGUGAAAAUAUAUGUUUAAGUUUGAGAUCAGUUGUCAGGAAGAAUAUGCUUUUCAGAGUAUCUGCAAUAUUGAAUUAUUUUAAUUGGUAAGGAGGGCAUACAGGGACAUUGCCCCAGCAGAAAAAAAAAGUUUACUCAUAUUAGUGGGAUGUCAAAGGUCAUUCGUGGAAACAGUACAUUCUGAAUGUUAAUGCUUCAGCCAUAAAACAAAAUAACAUUCAGCACAUCCUAAAUGUUACAGUGUCUUGUAAAUGAGGUAUUAACCUGCUAACAACUGACCAGUAUUUGAAAAAUUAUGGUCUCUGGAAUCUAAUAUAUAUUAAGUGAGAAUUAUUCACAAUGCAUAAUGCAGAACCUCUUUCUCUGUAUGAAGAUUAAGUUAUUGCUAUUUGUAAAAAUGUUAAAGAAAAUGUAAAUAUGCAUAAAGAUAAUGCACAUUUAUAAAUAUUGCAUCAUAUAGUUCCAGAUAUGAAACACCAUAAGAUGCAGCAUAUCUUUUAUUACUAUGUCAGAAUUGUAUGUUUACAUAUAACUAUUUUAUCGAAAAGUAUAGACACAGUUAUUUUCUUAGACAUACAAGUGCUAUACUUGUAUUAUUUUAUUUGAGAGCAAAAUGUACUUUAUUCAGUUGGCCUUUUUAUAGAGAUUUUAAUUUGAGGUUUAUGAUCAUUUAAUUUGGAGUGUUUGUAACCAAAACUAGUUAUUUUGAUAGUAUUCCCUACUUGGGAUAUCUGAAUGAUUAUUUAAUGGUCAUUCAGCAUUUGAGUGGAAUCUCCCUGGCUGACAUUUUCUGUGACAUUUUCUGAUAGAAGUGAUAUAUGACUCUGUACUGACAACUAGUGACAUGAAAGCAGAUUUUUAUCCCUUUUGCAAUUAACAUUGAAAGAUUGAUGAAGUGUUACAUAUGUGUUCUGUUAUAACUUUAAAGUAACCACCAUUGUAAAAUAAAUAAAAGUGAAUAAUUUA